GUUUGUGUAAACGAUAAGAAUGUUCAUAUCGGAUCAUCCCAGUGGGUGUUUGAGGCCAUUCCACCAAUCACAGUCGCUAUAAGCGAACGGUUACGCAACGGGCAGAACUGAUCUCCACUGCUUGUUUGGCGGCUGUCACAGGGGUCAAAGGGCACCCCUCCCCCCCCCGGCUGCUCGCCUUAUCUUGGCAAGGGGAUUCGAAACAACGACAACCACCGUCAUCCCAUCCCCCCCAUCUUUUUGUUGAUUGUAAUUCUGUCUGUACCGUUUUCCGCAAUCGUCUUUUUACUCUCCUCUCACGCCCGCUCUUUUCCCGCGAUGCCCUGAGCGAUCGACUUCACUCUCCUCCUAUCGCAUCUCGAACCCGCCGGGAUGCUUUUCCGCUGACAUCUUGAUCAUACAUCAUCGCCGUGCUCCGCUAUCGCAGCACCCCGACGAAACAAUGCUCGACCAACAACUACACCGCGCGCGCAUGGUUUCCAGCGUCGCCGCGACAGUCAUAUCGCUCGCGUGCGGUACCAACUAUGUGUACUCGGCCUGGGCCCCACAGUUCGCCGAUAAGCUCAACCUCACGACGACGGAGAGUAACCUGAUCGGAGCGGCGGGUAAUCUGGGCAUGUAUUCGAUGGGCGUACCUAUCGGGUUGUUUGUCGAUAACCGUGGACCCCGACCAGCCGUGGCAGCCGGCGCGCUUCUCCUCGGCCUUGGAUACUACCCGUUUCGCGCCUCGUACGAAAACGCGGCCGGUUCGGUUCCGCUGUUAUGUUUCUUUUCGUAUCUUACCGGCCUGGGCGGAUGUAUGGCGUUCCAGGCGGCAGUCAAAACGUCGGCGCUCAACUGGCCACACCAUCGGGGCACCGCCACGGCCUUCCCGUUGGCUGCCUUUGGCUUGAGCGCAUUCUUCUUCUCCCAGGUCGGAUCGCUUUUCUUUCCCGGAGACACCAGCGCGUUCUUGACUGUUCUAGCCGCCGGUACCUUUGCUCUGAUCUUCACCGGAUUUUGCUUCCUCAAGGUCUACCCCCACACUCCGGCCUACCAUGCGGUACCUAACGGGGGUUCCGGCUCGGACACGCAGCGGCUGCGGCGGACAUCGUCAUCGGAGGACGGCAAGGCUAGAGGAGCGCGAAGAUUCCCUGAUGUAGAACCUGGUAUGUCGACGCCCACCACCUACACGACUCCCGCGACGUCGACGCAGGCACAGACAGACGCAGAGGCUCCCGGACCGUCGUCGCCGUCAGCCAGCGCCCAGCUCCGUGACCAGACCGAUGUUGAAUCCGCCCGCCCCCCCUCGGACGAGGCCCCCGAUAGCGACGUUGACGAGACCUCGUCCCUCAUGUCAAAGUCGUCCUCGCUGCCUGGUGAUGUGUUAGUGCAGAGCAGUGUUGAUAUGGAUCGUUCCCAUCGUGUAGAUAUCCGUGGCUGGCGCUUGUUGUCCAAUGUCGACUUUUGGCAGCUGUUUACCAUUAUGGGGAUUCUGGCUGGCAUUGGUCUCAUGACCAUCAACAAUAUUGGACACAACGUCAAUGCUCUCUGGAGGCGUUUCGAUGACUCUGUUCCCGAGUCUUUCCUCGUACAGCGUCAGCAGAUGCAUGUCUCCAUUCUGUCCAUUGGCAGUUUCGGAGGGAGAUUGCUGAGCGGUGUCGGAUCUGAUUUUCUUGUCAAGGUCGUAGGUGCCAGCCGCGCCUGGUGCCUCGUCGCGGCUAGUCUCGUAUUUUGCAUUGCCCAGCUCUUUGCCCUCAACGUCUCGAACCCGCACUACCUCGGUUUUGUUUCUGGCCUCUCAGGUCUCGGAUACGGCUUCUUGUUUGGUGUCUUUCCCUCGAUCGUAGCUGAGACGUUCGGUAUCCACGGACUUAGCCAGAACUGGGGGUUCAUGACACUCAGCCCUGUCAUUUCGGGCAACAUUUUCAACCUGUUUUACGGUGCCGUCUUUGACAGUCACAUCAUUGUUAGUCCUGAUGGUGACCGGUCGUGCUAUGACGGUAUCGACUGCUACAGGAGUGCGUAUUUUGUCACGCUGGGUGCUUGUGGGCUGGGGUUGAUUGUGACGUUGUCGACGAUCAGACAUCAGUAUGUUGCGAGGUUGAGGGAGGCGGGGAAGGGCGCGGCUGAGGAUUAAGGAGAUGUCUCGACUGGAUUGAUAGUUGGUGGGAGGAGGAGUUUGAACUUGUGGGCAUUUUUACACGGCUAGACACAUCGCACAUGGAUGGAGAAGGAUACCAAGUUGUUUUUUUUUUUAGUUUUUUUUCUGGAUGACGUUGUUUUCAUGUUGUUAGAGAUAGGCGUUGCAUGAGAGAGGCGUUGGGUAUGGAUACAGCAGUUUAUAUUUGCGGUAGAGCUCCAGUAACGAAGUAAUAAUGUCACAAUACAAUUUUUGGUCCUA